UGUUGUUCUUCUUCCUUCAAUUUUAGUUCUUUAAAAAUGCAUCUAGUUUAUGUGUAUGGAACUUUAAAAACAGGAUUUCCAAACCAUUACUUAAUUUCUGAUCCUGAAAAUGGGAUUGCUAAUUUCUUAUACGAAGCAAGCACCGUAGAAAAGUUCGCUUUGGUAGUUGGGUCUCCGUUUCACGUCCCGUUUUUGUUGCAAAACACAAACCAUGGAAAAGGAAAUGUUAUAACUGGCGAGUUGUACGAAGUGGACGACGAAAUGCUCAAGACUUUGGACAAACUUGAAAAUCAUCCAACAUUAUACUUACGCAGCAAGAUACAAGUGAAACGAAAUACUGAAAGUGAUGUGAUAGAAUGUGAUGCAUACCUGCUUACUAACUACAAGCUUGAAUUACUUACUUUACCAAUGCUUACUUCAUAUAAUAUUACCACAUCAAGUAGUUAUAUAUCACCCCAGGAGAGAUCAUCAAGUGAAACAUUGAAAUCUGUAAAAUUACCCAAUUAAUUCUGAUACAAUGGUCUACUAAAGUAUUUUCAAUUAUUGUUUUCAAUAAACAAAACUUCAUUCUUUAUUUUUCAUAUCAAUUCCUAUUUCGUUUUACAUACAGAAACAAUAACAAUAAUUGAAAAUAAUAUAUAUAUAUAAACAGUUUUUGAAUUAAAUACAGCUUUUAAAUCUAGUUCUGUACAAUGUUUUAACUAUGUAAUAAUUAGGAUCUUGUAGUAUAUUUUUUUAUUUAAAAUCUCUUCACACGCAUUUCAGGGUAGAUAUAAAUUUAGUGCAAAAUUUCGAUGUUUUAAUAUUUAACCUGUAUUCAUGCUUCUAAUAUAUUGAAGUUAUGGUGAAGAUGUUCUGAAAUUUUGCUUUACAUUUUUAG